GAUACAGGGAAAUAGGAAGAAGAAUAUCAAAAAUGACGAAUGGGGAUAGUAGCACUUGGGUGCCAGUAGUUGAGGAGUUCACUUUUGCGGCCAAUUCAGCUCCCUUCAAUAAUUGUCAUACUUCCACUAUUGUCGAGGUCAAUAAAGAUCAUUUCUUGGUGGCUUAUUUUGGUGGUACAGUUGAGGGGGCUCUUGAUGUCAAAAUCUGGGAUCAAACUUACAAGGAUGGGAAUUGGCAUCCCCCUAUUGUAGCUGAUGAUGAACUGAAUGUAUCAAUGUGGAAUCCUGUACUAUUCAAGCUUCCUUCCAGCGAAUUGCUUAUGUUCUAUAAGAUUGGGACAAAUGUUCAAAGUUGGAGCAGAUGCAUGAAGCGAUCUUAUGAUGGCGGUAUGACAUGGAAAGAGAGAGAACAGCUUCCCCCUGGUAUACUAGGACCAAUAAAGAACAAGCCUCUGUUACUGGAAAGUGGAACCUUGCUUUGUGGAUCUUCUGUUGAGAGUUGGAAUUCAUGGGGAGCAUGGAUGGAGAUGACGGCUGAUUCUGGCAGAACAUGGAGAAAGUAUGGACCAAUAUACAUUAAGAAUAACAGUCUAAGUGUGAUCCAACCUGUUCCUUACCAGACUGCCAGAGGGACUUUGCGGAUUUUACUGAGAUCGUUUACUGGCAUUGAUAAAAUUUGCAUGUCUGAGUCCCGCAAUGGUGGUUAUAACUGGGAUUAUGCAAAGCCCACUGAAUUGCCAAACCCUAAUUCAGGAAUUGAUGGUGUUAAACUGAAGGAUGGUCGAGUCGUGCUAGCUUACAACACAAUCUCGAGGGGUGUUCUGAAAGUUGCAGUUUCUGAAGAUGAUGGGGACUCGUGGCAUGAUGUUGCAACAUUAGAGGAUACAUCAGGGAUGGAGUUCUCUUAUCCAGCUGUGAUCCAAGCUAGUGAUGGAUUAGUUCAUAUCACCUAUACAUACAAUAGAACUCAGAUCAAGCAUGUAGUCUUUCAGCCUAAUUAAUGAAGUAAAGAUGGCGCUCCGCUGUUGGAUGAAGAAGAAGGCGACGGGAACGUAGUAUGUGUGUGAGUGAUGUGAUUUGAUUGCAUUUUGAUGAGUUUGUGUGACUACAACCUGAUGUAAUGAUGCUAAUUGCUGCCUACUUGCAUUCAUUAAUUUCAUAAUUUGUAUUGUAUUGUAAACGACUAAAUGAUUGGAUUUGCAUAGAUGAGAUGAGAUGAGAUGAGAUGGGUUAUGUUUUUUGAAA